AAUUCUAACAUCUUGUUUUUACAGAGAUCUUAGAGAACGUGCUUGUGAUGGGGAUAUUUUGCCUAGGAUCGGAAAGCUUCACUUUUUUCAAACUGUUCGGACACCGAUGGUUGUUUGGGUAUUUGCGUCGUUUGGGUCGUUGCUAGUGGAAGCCAGGGAUAUAGGGCAAUCACAUUCCUCAAACUUACUAGGUCUGCAGGAGGGAAAACCAUAACUAAAAAGUUAACUUACUGUGGAUGCAAACGACGUUCUUCCGUAAAACACUGACACGACAUCACCUGGGUCUGAUUUUAUGGUUGACGCGUGAAUAAUUAUUUUACAUUUUCACUUCCACUGACAGACAGUUGCGAAGUGUGACGUCCAAAUCUUCGAACGUCAUCAUUCACGUGGUGUUCUUACUCUUGCUACUAGCAUCCGACAUCCGUACGCUUCUCCGUAAUCAGAAGUGCUUUGAUAGCAGUGUUUGACGUGAUAUAUUACUAUCUAUAUAUCGUCUUUGUAGAAGCUGUACAUCUCUGCUCAAGCAGUAAUUUGAGAAAAUGCAGGUUAAUUGCAUUGCACCAGAUAAGGACUUAGGCAGAGCGCUAUGCAUAAUUACCGGUGCGUCCAAAGGAUUUGGGAGAACCAUAGCGAAGGAGAUUUCUCUGUUGCUCAAACCGAGGUCGGUGCUUGUUCUGGCCGCUCGCUCCUGCGAUAAGCUACGGGAACUCCAAGCUGAUUUGACUUCGUCGGACGUGGGAAAGGCAGGGUUGGUGACUCGUUGUGUUGUCGCCGACUUGGCGACGCAAGAAGGGGUGGAAAGUGUCGUAAGAGCGGCUAAAGAGUUUUCCAUUGAGGAUAUGGACCAUCUCAUUCUGUUUAACAAUUCUGGCUCUCUGGGAGACGUGUCGUGCUACACCCAGAGCUUCACCAAUAUGGCAGAGGUGGACUCCUAUCUGUCAUUCAACGUCAGCUCUGCUCUUUGCCUGACAGCCAGGCUUCUGCAGGCAUUCCCGCGGCAACACGGGCUGAGGCGCUGCGUUGUCAACGUGAGCUCCCUGUGCGCCCUGCAGCCAUUCCCCUCCUGGGUGCUGUACUGCACGGGCAAAGCAGCCCGUGAAAUGAUGUUCCGUGUGUUGGCGGAAGAGGAGCCAGACGUCCGCGUCCUGAACUAUGCCCCAGGCCCCCUGGACACAGACAUGCAGGUGGUGGCCAGGGGCUCCACAGCGGACCCAGAAAUAAGGAUGUCCUUCUUAUCCAUGCACUCCCAGGGUCAACUGCUCACUUGUGAAGAAUCCUGUGCAAAGCUGAUGAAGGUCCUGCUGGAGGAUGGGUACCCCUCUGGAGCACACCUUGACUUCUAUGACUUGUAGAGAGGGAGAGGGAGAGGGAGAGGAGUGGCUGCCCACAGGUGAAACUAGUCAAAUAAUGGGCUAUCUAUUUGGGUGGAAGUUUGGGAUCAUUGCAAACAUGCAUAACCUACAUAAAGAAUGUAUACGGAAUAAUCAAAUGCACAGAACACAAUCUGCAUAUGCUAUAAAGUUUCUAAUUAUUUGGCAGUAGAGAUACUCAUUAAAAAAACAUCAGAGAAAAAUGUCAUGCAUAGAUCAGAGGCAUUCAGAGCCAAUCUGUUUGUAAGUCUUGUCUUGUACCAAGUGUGCCAUUCAAAGUCAUUCCUGUUCAUGAAGACCAAAUGCAUUGCUUUUAACUGAAUUAUUCCUACAGUAGAUUGCAUAAGUAUUCAUUUAAGUUCACAUUUGUUACAUUACAAGCUGUGAUUGAAAUUGAUUUAACUGUGAUUUAUUUGUUUUGUCAAUGAUCUCUAUAGAAUAUAUUGUAACGUGGAAAGACAUUUUCUAAAAUGUUUUUAUACAUAUACAUAUAUACACACACACAACCCUGUUUCCAAAAAAGAUGGGACGCUGUGUAAAA